GAUCCGAUCAGCUCUCAUCACUUUCAUGUUUUUGAGUUUGACAGUUCAGUUUCGUUCUCUGUCGUGCACGUAGACUAUCGCCUGCACGCUAUUCUAUCAAUUAAAUAUUUUUUUAAUACUCAGUAACUAGAAUGUGUCAUCAGUUCUGUAUUUACAAGUUAACUAACCUACUUCAUUUGUGUUGUGAACAUUAAAUACGAUGAUUUGUGAUGUGUGAAUUAGUGAACAGGUGACUUCAACGUUUAGGCCAUAUGUUUCAAUGUUAGAUUACACUAUGUUGCUCCUAACAAAAUAAACACUGUAGCGUUAUAAUCUAUUAGGUUUUAAAUGAAAGGAAAAAGUAAGAGGAACCUUAUUCAGAUGAAUAAAAAUGUCAACAGAGGGAAGCGGCGAGAAUUCCUCGACUGUACCAAGUUUGCCUGGAGCUCCAGAGCAAACUUAUCUUUUUCCCAAAGCGAAAGGACACUCGAGAUCUAUAAGUCAUGGAGGGACUCCGAUGCUCGCAGGAAACCCAGCGGCGGCCCGGCCUCUCAAAUCUGCCCUUCGCGGCCAUCAAAGGGCUUUGUCACAUGGACAAAUCGGUGAAGGUCCUCGCGCAGCAUCUGGGCCUGGACACAGCCGUACUGGAAGUCGUACAGACUUUAUUUUACCCCCGGGACACCGUGAGCCAGCUCCUGUCAGUGCACAGCCCAGACUGGGCUCUGUGCGUGGUCAGCAUUCGCGUCAAGCUUCGCGAUCAGACUCAAUCUAUACCAUUCGUCGAAACUCGGUCGUGGCACCAUGGCGACGUGCUGUGUUUUGGCUUAUGCGCCGUCAACAACCUGCUAUAGACAAUCGUCAUUUUGUAGUUGUACCUAACCAUUUAGUGCCUGAAAAAACACCUCCAAAAGAUCAUCCCAAUGGGCAAAGAUGUGAUAAUAAAAUCAGGACUACAAAGUACACCCUAUUAUCAUUUUUACCAAAGAACUUGUUUGAGCAAUUCCACAGGAUUGCAAAUGUAUAUUUUAUAUUUAUAGUGUUGUUGAACUGGGUACCUGCUAUUAAUGCAUUUGGAAAGGAGGUGGCUAUGUUGCCUGUUGUGUUUGUGCUCGGCAUAACAGCAAUCAAAGAUUUAUUUGAAGAUCGGAGAAGACACCUGUCUGACAAGAGGAUAAAUAACUCAUUUUGUAGAGUUUAUAAAAAAUCAGUGGAACGAUACGUGAGGGUGAAAUGGCGAGACGUCAAAGUGGGAGACCUAGUGCAUCUAUCGAACAACGAAGCAGUGCCCGCGGAUAUGGUCCUUCUGCACUCCUCAAACCCGCUAGGCAUCUGCUACCUCGACACGUGCAAUCUCGACGGAGAGACCAAUCUUAAACAGAGGAUCGUUGUGACCGGGUUCAGGGACAAGCUAACAGAGUUCAAUCCGCUUAAAUUCAGAAGUUCUGUUGAAGUGGAACGACCUUCAACGAAAAUAUAUCGAUUUACUGGCACAAUAUCUCAUCCAGACGGAACACGCGUGCCAAUCACAUCAGAGAACCUUCUUUUGAGGGACUGCACGAUCAAAAACACCGACUUCGUGGAAGGUAUAGUCGUCUACGCCGGCCAUGAAACGAAAGCUAUGCUCAACAACGGGGGACCAAGGUACAAAUGUUCCGGUUUGGAAAGAAAAAUGAACACUGACGUGAUAUGGUGUGUUCUUGUGUUGCUCUUUCUAUGCUGCGCCGGCGCAGUCGGUUGCAAAGUGUGGUUAGACCAAUACAGUCCCCACAUAGCGAAGUUCACACCGUUCAUUCCUAACUCUGGCAAGCCGGCAUACGAAGGCCUGCUUAUAUUCUGGACGUACAUAAUAGUGCUGCAGGUGAUGAUCCCAGUAUCGUUGUACGUCACGAUAGAGAUGACGAAACUACUGCAGGUGUAUCACGUACAUCAGGAUGUUGAGAUGUUCGAUCCGCAGACGAAUACAAGGGUGGAAUGUCGGGCGUUGAACAUAACGGAGGAGCUGGGACAGAUCAACUACUUGUUUAGUGACAAGACGGGCACGCUGACUGAAAAUAAGAUGGUGUUCAGGAGAUGUACGGUGAACGGUAUGGACUAUGACCACCCGCCUGGCCCGCCAGCCGAGCCUUCGCCUGAACUCCCGCCUAUCGUGACACCUCUAACCAACGUAUCACCCAACAGAAGAAUGUUGCAACAUUUGCUCGACAACAACGACGCACAACACACACAAAAGGUCCGCGAGUUUCUGCUGAUACUGGCUGUAUGCAAUACGGUGGUGGUCAGCCAGCCCCACGUGGACAAUAUGCAGCUAAGCGGCUCCAACUCCGAACACAUACAGAAACCAUUGCGCGCCAACGGCACUCUGCGAUCUAACGAUAAAUACGCUCGACUCACCGAAUCCCGUUCCACCACACCAUCACCUCCGCCGUCGACGAUGUCUCCGCUGCGUAUACGACUGCCCAAACUGCCUUUCGGUAGUCGAGAAGAGACCAGCAGUGAGCCGAGCACCUCUGCUGAAAACGCGGUCGCCAGGUUCGAAGCGGAGAGUCCCGACGAGCUGGCGCUAGCGGAAGCAGCGUUGGCUUACGGGUACGAGCUGCGAGGGCGCUCGCCCGAUGAGUGCGAGGUCGGCAUCCGCGGCGAACUGUCCAGGCUCAAGGUGCUGCGCGUGCAGCAGUUCGACUCCAACAGAAAGUGCAUGUCCGUCGCGCUACGAACACCUAACGGGCAGGUGGUCCUAUACGUGAAAGGUGCCGACAGCACAGUGCUAGGCGCGUUGGCUCCCAUGCGCUCAGGCUCACCGGAAGCGGCCGCUUACGAGAGAACCCGCACGCUACUGUCGGACUACUCGCGCGCGGGUCUGCGUACGCUGGUCAUGGCUAAACGCACCAUGCAGCCGGCACUGUGGGAGGAAUGGUUGGCAGGGCACGUACGGGCCAGCGAGAUCGGCGAAGGGCGUGAGAAGCGUAUACGUGAUUCGCUCGCGCGGCUGGAGAGCGCCCUGACGUUAGUGGGCGCUACUGGGGUGGAGGAUCGCUUGCAAGAAGCGGUCCCUCGUACUGUACGAGCUUUGCUAGACGCCGGGAUCAUCGUGUGGGUGCUCACUGGAGACAAACCAGAGACGGCCAUCAACAUCGCUUACUCGGCCGCGCUAUUCUCACAGAGCGAUCGACUGCUGCAUCUCAUGUCCAGAGAUAAGGAACACGCGGAAUCGACGAUCAAAAGUUACUUGGAAGGCGGGGCGGGAGAAACUGCGGGCGGGCGGGCGUUGGUAGUAGACGGGCGCACGCUGACGUACAUCCUGGACCGGCGCUCCGGCCUCGUGGCGCCCUUCCUGUCACUGGCGCGCCGCUGCUCCGCCGUGCUCUGCUGCCGCGCCACGCCGCUGCAGAAGGCGUACAUCGUCAAGGUAACGCUGGCAGUGGACGGGCGCACGCUGACGUACAUCCUGGAGCGGCGCUCCGGGCUCGUGGCGCCCUUCCUGUCGCUGGCGCGCCGCUGCUCCGCCGUGCUCUGCUGCCGCGCCACGCCGCUGCAGAAGGCGUACAUCGUCAAGGCUGUAAAAGAGGAACUGGGAGUCACUACAUUAGCGAUAGGAGACGGCGCAAACGAUGUCUCUAUGAUACAAACGGCCGAUGUUGGAAUCGGUUUGUCUGGCCAAGAAGGGCGGCAAGCUGUGAUGGCAUCAGACUUCGCGUUGUCCCGGUUCAAGUUUCUCGAGCGAUUGCUUUUAGUCCACGGCCAUUGGUGUUAUGACCGACUCGCCAGGAUGAUACUGUACUUCUUCCUCAAGAACGCCACGUUCGUGUUCCUGGUCUUUUGGUACCAACUGUACAACGGCUUCUCGGCGAUGGUGAUGAUCGACCAAACGCAUCUCAUGUGCUACAACCUGAUAUUCACCGCCAUCCCACCGAUUGUCAUAGGCGCAUAUGACCGCGUCGCACCUGCGGGCUUACUGACCGAGCGGGCCGGCCUAUACGCGGCCUCGCGUCGCGGCCUAGCGUACAGGGCGCAUUCCUAUUGGCUGGUGCUGGCCGAGAGCAUCUACAUCAGCCUGGUGAUAUUCUUCACUGCGGCCGCCGCCUACUGGGACACCGCCGUCGGCAUCUGGACCUUCGGCACGUGCUGCAUGACCUGCUGCCUUAUAGUCAUGCUCGUGUACGUCGCCAUAGAGACUAGGAGCUGGACGGUGAUCCACCUAUUAGCACUCACCGGUUCGCUGCUGGCGUUCUUCGUGUUGACACUGAUAUACGAGUCUAUAUGCGUGUCUUGCUUCAACCUGCCCUCCACGUACCGCGUGAUGCAGCACGCCAUCGCCGACCCCAUCUACUGGCUGGUCGUAGUGCUGACCACGGUCACCGCCCUCAUGCCCAGACUGGCAUGGCGCGCGAUCCGCAACUCGAUACGUCCGGGCACUCUGGGCCGCGCGGUACUGGCGCGCCGACGCCGCUCGCGCCUGCCCUACGCCGCGCACUACCGCUGCGGCAACGCGGCCGCGCAUGUAUACAGGUCAACGGACGAAGACGGUCUGCAGAAGAACACUUCGGAAGUAGCGGCGAUUACGUGACCAGCGUUCCAAGCCCAAUGGAGCCGAGUACCUCGACCCAAUAUUGAAUUUAGGCUGUGAUCUGUCUUUAGAACUAUUGUAUUGUAGAGUUAAUAUAUUGUGCUUUUGUAUGACUUAUGCGGGACCAAAGCGUCAGCUGGCGCGAGCCGCGGCCGCCGCAAUCAAUUAACACCGACAGUGCUUUACCUAACAGUUCUUCCUCUUAGUGAGAUUUUUAAGUCUUUGACAAUCUGUAAAUAGUUUCGAUGCGGACGUACUUACUUACUCCGGGCACUGACGGUCUUAUGAUGGAAGUUGUCGCGCCCGCGAUAAACUUUCGAUUCCUUCGUAAUACUGUUUGUAAAUUAAUUAGAUUCUAGUCUUUCUUUUUUCGAGAAUAAAAGCUGACGGUGACGCUGAUUAUAACUUGAAAGUUCUCAUAAUUUUACCAAUAUCAUUAUUAACAUGAACAGUAUUGUUCGUAGAUUACUAAAGAUAUUUAUAUUAUACUAAAUUUCUUGUAGAAUCAAUCAUAUAUUUUAUUAAGGUAAAAUUUUGCCACUAGCUUCAAAGAAGCAUUUAAAAAUAUUUUUGUUUGUUCGAAUAAUCGUUAUAUAAUAUAAUGACGAAGAUUAAGUUUAAUAUUAGUAUUACUUUUGUUGACUGCUUCAUUCAUAUGAAACCCUUUGCACUAGUAUGUACUACAAUACAACGCCAUCUAGUGUGAUCCAUACUAACUAAAUUAACUUAAAACAACUUAUUGUGUCUAAUGUAGUUACACACUGACCCUGAUCUGCGCUUAUUAAUAAUACAAAAUUAUAGAAUCGGCAUUUCUAUUAUUGUAAGUGUAGUCUGAACAUUUCUAGUUUGCCUAAUAUUUAUUCAUACCGCUCCCAACCCAAUCCGACUUAUUCUAAAACGCGGAUUAAAUUUAGUUUUGGUUUAAACCUUAUGUUGUCCCUGUCUUAUAUUUAGCAAACAAAAGUAUAAGACCUACAGGGCUUAACUUUAGUCAACGUUCUGUAAUAAGGCGAAUCAAGUACUAAAUUUUAAAAUAGUAAGUAUAAUAUCUUUAUCAUACUGUAUAGAGAAUAAAAAGGAUAGACUGCUAUCUAGUAUUUAGUUUAGAGAGCAAUCAUGGCGAAUUGUUCCCAGUAUUUCACUGCAGGUAUGUGGCUAGCUUGUUGUAGAUGUAAGAUCACUUACUAUCUCAAAGUUCGAAUUUUUGACAAUUAAUUUGAUAAUGGUUCGUGCUAGGGGUACAGUACCCUUAGCACGAACCAUUAUCGAAUUCUAAUAGUUUGCGAGUCCGAAAUGUCAUUGGCAAAUGUGUACAGAAUUUAAGUUCUCGUUACGUCCGUUGCGGCGCUGCUGUUCAAGUUUUCAUACAAAAUUUGACAAUGACAUUUCGGAGUCGCAAACUAUUUGAAUUCGAUAAUGACUCAUGCUAAGGGUACUGUUCUCAUGGGGAUCCACUACCACACCGCACUCUCGGAACGCAUUCGAGGGACCUCAGUCCUCAGAGUACGUGGAAGAGUAUUGUCUAUGAUUUUAGUGGGAAGGAGUCUCGUCAGCGUUGCCAGAUUUUUUUUUUGCCAAGUCGGGAUUAAGGAACUUUUUGUGUGAGAAAAGCGGGAUUCUUUCGUCGAAAGCGGGACAUAGUAAAAAAAACGUAUAUAAUCAAAAAGUUUUUUAAAUAUUUAUCUUUUUAUUUGAGUUCAAAUUACGUUUACCGUGACAAUAGAUAGGUACCUAGUAAAAAUAUCCAAAGAAAAUGUAUUGUAAUAAAAAUGUGAUAUUUUAAAUCAGAUUUAGCCUAUCGUUUAAUAGUUGAGUCUUUGUUUGAGAGUUCUUCAUUACGCGUUGGGCAGGCGGCCAGUCCUCACUUGUCUGUGCCAUCCGCCCGAGCUUUCUCAGUACGCUGCACGCACGGUCGAGUUAUUCCUGUAAAGCGGGAUUGAGCCUGUCCCGCGCGGGACAUUUAAUUUUCAUUUAAAAAUCGGGACGUCCCGCCAAAAUCGGAUCGUAUGGCAACGCCGAGUCUCACAUAUCUUGUUGCAACUCCCGGUGGUGGGGAAAGCGUCACGCCUUUCUCUGGCAUAAAAAGAAUUAGUAUUUCAGAAAUAAAACGUCACUGACAUAACUGCCUGUAUUAUUGUUCGCUCAAUAAUGUAGAGCCCGCGUGUUUCACAAAUUUUGUAUUAUUAAUCAAGAGCAUCGUGUCCCGUAGAUAGACAAUCGUAUAUCAUUCAUAAAAUUAGACUAAAAUGUUUCAAUUAAGUUAUUAUCUCGAAUCUUCUAAAGUAUACUCUGACCGCGUUUCUGAAAACUCGCGGUCACGUUCUCAUACGAAUUGUUGAUAUACUUAGAUUUAUUAUUUAGUAUACAUACAUAUAUUAUAUUUCGAUGAUGGUGUGAUGAAUCGUGUAUUUUUGUAGAAGUUUGUGUGACGUCGAAUGUUUUAUGGAUGUGACGUAGUAUCUUAUAGCGAUGUCGCUGCCUUGCCCGGGACUGCAGUGGCUGUGUCUGCCGUUUGCGGGUAGCAAACCAUUUUUCAUUGAUAUCAAUUGAUAUUAUUAUAAAAUAAAUAUACAAAAAAUCCAAUCUUAUUGCGUCAAUCAAAAAUUCGUACUGUCGGAGCCUAUUCAAUACAAACAAACAAUCAAAUCUGUCCUCUUUAUAAUGUUAGUAUACGUAGAUAGAGUGCUUCUAACUGGACAAGUAUUAAUUAUAACGGGCCUCUAAUACUCCGUGAAAUGUAAAAAAAUAUCGGAACCUCAGAUAAUCAUUAUUAUAAUCAGUUAUAAACCUCAAGAAUUUACUGACUUCUGAUAAAGUGUUGCCAUCCCGAUAAAAAUAAAUAUUAUUAUGUACUGAUGAUAAAAGAAGCAAAACCGUAAAAAAUCCCAUUACUUAAUUAUACUGAUUGUGAAAUUAACUAAUACUUGAGCAUUUAUUUCCUAUCUUCAUGCAGUAAUUAUCUUGCUCUAAGUACGUAACCUGGGGUUUAGAUAGCAACUAUUUUAUGAAGCAUUUAAAAUUUGUGUUAUUCAUGAUUUCUUUAAUUUGAAAAUUUAAGACUCCCUUCACUUACAUUCACUUAUGAUUAUACAUUCCACUCAAUAUAUUUGUUUUUGUUAAAGUUUUCCUGGAAUAAGGAGGAAUGAAAGCUUCGCGAGUAUUUAAGCAUUAGAGAAUGAAUUAUUUCAUUCAUAGUAAACAUAAUAAGUGCUUUAUUUGUAGUUUUUUAGAAAUUUCAAUGAUUGAUUUUAUUGAACUAGUGAAAAUGUAUGUGAUGCUAGUGUCUUGUUCGCAAUACUUGUUGCGGCAGGCCGGCCCUGCAGUCCUUCUUGUCCUUUACUACGAUUCCUAAAGAUUUGAAUAUUUUACUAUAUAUUUGUAACCGUUGUAUACAUACAAAUAUAUAUUUCUAUACGAAUGAGGUUUGUUAUUAUGAUAUGUACAGUAGGAUAUUUUUUAUAAAAAAAAUCUUUGUGUAAAUAACCUGUAUGUUCUAAGACUGUUGUUGAUUUAGAGCUUUUAAUUGUUUAGUUAACCUUAAACUACUAGGUUACUAUGUUGAAACAUGUAUUUUCCAGUCAUUUUAUAGUUGAUAACCAUCUAACAGGAUUUGAUUUGAAAUGACUAUCUUGCCAUAUCCUAAAAUCGGACCUUAGUGAUUUAAUAAAUUUUAGUACAAUUUUGAUUAAGCUUAAUAAUUAUGUGUUUUGGCUCACUCCUAUUGUUAGUUAUGCACAUAUAUAUAUAUUACUUGUUAUCUUAUGUUGUGCUUCUAUUUCUGGAGGGUGCAUUAACUACUUAAUGAUUUUUGGGUACUGCACAGUGUCAAUAUCGUUAAGUAUGUAUGCAUUGCUAGUCUUAUCAACGAAUGUUCGUAAAUAAUGAAACGAGUUAGUUAUAUUUUAAUCUUAUGGAUCUUCCGUAGUUAUAAAGGUUUGUUGUGUUAAGUUUGUUACAAUGUCUACUGUCAUGUUGUUUGUAGUGCUUCUCACCAUUUGUUGCUUCCAAUGUUGUCUUAUUCUUACAAUAUUGCAUUUAUGUUGUGAUAAAAAAACUUUUUCAACUUUUCCAACUUAUCAAAAACAAACAAUGACUUGAAAAUACAUUUAUACAUGAUUAUGUGUUGUUUUAUAAUAAUAACAAAAUAUUUAAUUUCAUUAUAUAUUUUUUUGUUUUAUUUCUACCCUAGCAUAUUAUGUA